CGUUUGUCUUAAUACAGUUAUUUUUCGUAUUAUGUAAGUCGUUUUGAAAACAACAACGUCUCUUAAAACGCCAAAUUUCGAAGUUGACAAAAUUGCAAACGACACGGAGCUUAAAUUAAUCUCAAAAUGGUAAAAGUUACGAGUCAAAAACAAAUGAAACGCCUUGUUGAGCUGAUGGAGGCAAAUGAAAACCUCGCAAAAAAUUUUAAAAGAGGUGCAAUCGCAAAUCAAGGGACAAAGUUGGGGUGGGAGGAUUUGGCAAAGGAGCUAAAUUGCAUUGGACCACCCACACGAAAUGGAAAGGAAUGGCAGAAAGUUUGGUUUGACGCCAAAUUCAAGGUCAAACAAAAGCUGAUAUUCAACAAAAAAGAAAUCGAAGCCACAGGUGGAGGAGGUUUCAAACAAAAAUGUUUGAAUGACGUUGAGGAAGCGAUUGCAAGGCUUUUGUCGUUGAAUGAUAUUGUUAAUCCAACCGGAUAUGUGGCAGGUGGUUCAUAUGAUUUUGCGCCUCAUAAACUUGUUGUCUGUUCGUCCACACCAACCAAAGGAAUCAUCGCUUCAACUUUAAACGACGCCGACGAUCUAAUUUCGGGGGAGCUGGCUGAAAUUCUAAAUGAAACGCCCAAAGCUGCUCAACUUUCUGCACCUCCAUCACCACAUGUAAACAUUGAAGAGGACUUAAGAGAUGUGAGACAAAAAACACCAAACGCACCAAAAGAAAAUGUUUUCCAAAAGCUUUUGGAAAAACAAACUGUGGUUCAAGAGAAAUUGUUCACAGAUAUAAGAAAUUCUUUGAACAACAUAGAAAUCAAACUUACAGAAAAUGUUAAUUCAUCUAAAGAAAUAAAGAAUUCUAUGAAAAAUAUGAAUGACCAUUUGAAAGAGAGUGCCAGAUUUCAAAGGAAACUUUUCAAUUUAAAAGAGAAGCAGUUAGAGAUGUUGAGACUUCAAAUGGAGCGGGAUGAAAAACAACGCCUUCAGGAAAAUAAGUAUUUUUAA